GGUGGUAGCGAUGGAGGUGGGCGGGGCUUGAAAAACAAUGCUGUGUUUCAUUGCUGAGGAGUUUACGGACGCGUCGGACAGGGGGCCGUCUCUCCCUCUCUUUCGCUCCCCCCUCUUUCUCUCUCUCGCUCGCUCUCUCGCUCUCUCACCCCCCUCCAGUCAUCCCCCAGUUUAGCUUCGGACGAGCCUGUAAUGGACUACUCCAGUUCUCCCAGCAACCUGGACGGAUUUUGAGAAAUGUUAGCAUUUUUAGCUCCUUCCUCUCCACAUUCAAGUCAGCAGGAUGGCUGAAAAGGAGCCUGGGAAACUAAAGACACUAUUAUAGCCACAAUUGGCUUUUUUUUUUCUCGGAAUAAAGGGGGCCUAUCCGGACGGACCAUUUCUUUUCACAACUUUCCCCUGUGUGGAUAAUGGAUGGCAGAGAUUUUGGACCUCCCCGAUCCGUCCACGUACCACCUCCGUUGUUGGCGGGGCUCGCAAUGGAGUCUCACCGACUCGGAGCAGCCGCUGCAGCCGGGAGGAUCCCUCCCUCGCCCGGUCACUUGGGCGCGAGUCAUCCGCCGCCUCUCCACUCCGGGAAAUUCUUACCAUCGGCCAUUAACCUACAUCCACACCACAGCGAUGCCUACCCAGCAGGCUCCAGUCCCUUCCUGUCAGGUUAUCCAGGCCCCUCCCCCUUGACCUCCGACCCUGCGUACAGAUCAGCCAAUCCCAGCGGUCUGCAGAUGGCUCAGCUCUGGGCAUCACACGCUCACGAAGGCUACCCUCCUCUGCCGAGCAGCCUCUACUCCAGCCCUUACCUGUCCCUGGGGCACCUGGAUCCUCCCUCGCUCUCGCAGCACCCUCUCUACGACUCGCAUAAAGAGGGCUUUUACCUGCCAGCCUCCUUGAGCCAGUUGCCCCUCCAUCCUCCUUCUGCACCUGCAAACACGCCGUCCAGCUCCACACCCCCGCAGAGAACGUCCCGGGACGGGGGCAGGGAUCGGCAUUACAGGGGGGAGAGGGACAGAGAGAGGGACAGAGAGCGAGAGCGUUCGAGAGAAGAGCAGAGGCCGCACAGCGUGGUCGACCUGACGCAGGACGGAAGGAGCGAGGAGGACCGCCGGGCGAGGAGCGGCGACCGGGAGAAAGAAAGAGACCGGGACACGGAGAGAGAUAUUUGGUCCUUUCAUCCUCACCAUCACCACCAUCACCACCACCAGCAGCAGAAGUCGCACUCCCAACCCUCCACAGCAGAACCCAGAUCCAGACCGUCGCCUCCUCGGCCCUCCUUCCCUUCAGGUGGAGGUGCGGGGAGGUUUCAUGGACCAGAAACAGACAGAGGGGGUCGGGAUGAAGAGUCUCGACCCCACCACACCCAUAACUCUAACGCAAAUAACUCAAACUCACACUCAGACAGACAAAGGAGGAGUGACUCUGUGGCGGCAGCGGCCGGAGCCCUCCACAUCUCCUACGGCCAUCCUCCUCCGCUUCAGCCCGCCGUCGCUGCUGGCCCACCCCACCCUUCCUCCUCCGCGUCUAGAGAGCCUAUCAGAGAGCAGCGAGUCAGCGCACCGACAUAUGUGCCUUCUGUGGAGGUUUACGACGAGCGGGCCGGGCCCAUCCAGAUCGCCUCGCAGGCCCGCGACAAACACGGUGAAAAACACAGAGACAGAGAAAGAGAAAGGGAACGCGACCGAGAACGAGAGCGCGACAGAGACCGAGAACGAGAGCGCGACAGAAACAGGGAGAGGGAGAGCUACAGGUUUCCUGAGAGGAGCUUGAUGGAGCAUCCUCGACUCUCCCAGUCCAGCGAUUCAGGCAAUCAAAGAGAGGAAGGUUCUGUCAUUUGUUCCAAUGGCUCCAUUGGCAAACGAGGACAGGACCCGUCGUAUUCCUCCAGUCAAUCAAGGUUCAGCCCGGAAACCAGGGACAUCCCUAAGCACUCGCUCCGAUUGGGCAUAGAGCGGGCAGGGGCGGAGCCUAAGUGGAAUACCAUCAGCCCAUUAGCUAACUAUGCCACGAGUCACAUGGCUGCCCUGGCGGCCCAACACGGACACACACUCUCCUCCCCCCAUAGCCAGCAGACACACACACAAAUAUCCCAUUCGCCUCACACGACCCACCGGCCCAGCAACAACCACCAUUCACCCCAAACACACCCCUCCCCACACGGACAUGGGCAUGCAGGUGAGGAGGGGAGUCAAAGACGCUACCUGGACCCAUCUGCACUCUACAGACCUGGGGCGUCGUUGGCAGGAGGGUCUGUUAGUGGUGGUGGAGAGCGAGGCGGGGGAGCGGGGUCGGAUCCCACAGAGGUUUCAGCCAUGCAGAGUCUGAUUAAAUACAGUGGGAACUUUGCCGCCGAGGGUUCCGGGUCAUCCAGGCUAGCUGUUGAUGGCCGAGGCCCCUUUGGUGGUCUGGGUAGCAUCGUGACAGAAGCUGAAAGAGAGCGGGAGCGGGAAAAAGAGAGAGAACGCGAAAGAGAAAGAGAGAGGGAAAAGGAGAGAGAGCGGGAAAGGGAGAGGGAGCGAGACAGGGAAAGGGUAUCCGUGGGAUCGGGGGCGUUGAGGGUACCGCCACAGCUGAAGAGGGAGCAGGAGCGGCCGGACAGCGCCCGCUCAUUUGGCCGGGAAGGCGAAGGGGAGGUGCGGCAUCCUCCAGUUGGCAUUGCUGUAGCUGUGGCACGACAGAGAGACAGCGGGAGCAGCAGUAAACAAACCAGUGGACCUUCAGACUCCCAGAGAACCCUGCUGCAAACAGUGAUCAAAGAUGAGGAGCGAGGGGAGGAGCGCUCUCGUCACCACGAUGACCGACUUCUCGCCGGACGACUCGAGCGCGAGCAGGAGAAAGUGCUCAGAGAGUCGAAGGAGCUGGCAGACUUCACUCAGAUGCACCCCACCCCGCUCUCUAGCAGCCUCACGCCCAGUUUGAUGACGCCCAGCCUCAUGACCCCGAACCUUAUGGUGACAGGAGGGGCUGGGCGAUGGCCUCCAGAUCCCUCAACUCUGACCUCUCACCCUUGGAUGCCCCGGCCUGGAGCUCCCCCAGUCUGGCUCUCCAGCUCACCAUACAGCCUGGGUCCUUCCUCGCUCCACCAGUCCCUCCCUCCAGGCUACCCACCUUCCCUGCCAGGCUCCAUACCCCCUCCAUACCAGUUUGCCAGGGACCCACAGUCUGGACAGCUCAUAGUCAUCCCCACUGAACACCUGCCACACUACGGAGGUGAUGUACUAGAGCGUGGAGGCCCGGUGUGGUCCGGAGUUUACGGUACAGGCAGCUCGCUGCAGCAUGCAGCCCAGCUCCAACUCCUCUCCCAGCAGCAGAUGCUCCGACAACAGGAGCUCCUCAUGAUCCAGCAGCACACAGCGCAGGUCCUGGAGCUGCAGAGGAACGCACAGCUAGUCGAGCGCUUAAAGGCCAGCGAGCACCGGCCGGAGAUAGAAGAGAAAGCAGACAAGCGGAAUGCCGACCCCAAACCUCGCCCCUCCUCGAUAUCCUCCCCGUCUCCUUCACCCAUCCUGCAUCCUCGCAAACCUCCCCCUCCCUCUCGCUCACCGACCCCGUCUACCUCCUCCCUCACCCCGCUGCCUCCGCUCCCGUCACCGGUGACCACCCUCAAGUCAGAGGAUGGCGGGCAGAGAGUGUUGUCCCACCCACCGACACCCCUGCCUCACCUGCCCUCGCCUUGCUCAGCCUCUCCACCCCCGUCCUCGCCACGGCGGCCUAAACAGGAGGCUGCCGAGGAGGGGGAGGUGGGACGGAGGGAGCAGAGAGCAGGACAGAAGCCAGCCUCUGCAACUUUUCAAGGCAUCUACUCAGAUCUCCCUCCAGGUUACCCGUACCAGUCCAUCACCGCUCCAUUCGGCUCACCUUUCCCACCUUAUCACAUCCCAGCACCCACAGCGUCAAACACAGAAGUCGUCCCACCCCACCACUCCCGCUCUCCUGCCUCUGCUGCCCCUUUACCUUCAGUCCAUCUCCAUUCGAGGCUGCUGGAUGCAGACAUCAAGCCGCAGAAACUAGAGCCGUCAAAGGGAUCCUGUCUCAAGCAGGAACCCGGCGUAGAGCAGCGUCCGCUUGACAUGACACCAGAACCUCUAGGUCCUCUCCGGCGGAGCUGCAGCCCUUUACAAGCCAGACAGGACCGAGAGGGAGACCGGGAGGCCCCGAAGCUGAAGCCUCAACCGCUACCUCAGCACGUCCCCAGCCCUCCGCCACCGCCACAACAAGCUGAAAGACUGGAAGAAGUUCGGGAGAAGGAGAAGGAAGGAGGGCAAAUCAAAAUGGAGGUGUCAUCUUACUCCUGUCAGGCAGCGUACCCUCUUCCUCCUCCGCUCAUAGAUGCAGAGCCUAAACCCGAGGCCAUCAAGGAUCCAGAGCGAUACCCAUCGUGCAUCACUGCAGUGUCAGACAGUCAGGAAUCGGCUCAGAUGUGUGCGUCGCUCGAGCAAACCGCCAGCGUCGUAUGUGAACAAAAACGUCCAGACACUCCAAUCACACCCAGUCAGAAAGAAAGUGUCACCGAAACUCCCGUUUAUCCUCCACCCACCUCCGACUCGCCGCUCCCGCUGGUCAUCAGCCCACAGGAUCCCAUGGCAGGGAUGCUCGCUCUGCUGACUGCCAGCGAGAUCGCCCAGGCACGCCCCUGCACCCCUCCCGCCCCGAUACUCGUCCCGCAGAUAGAAAACCCUUCUCUGGAUGCAGACUGCAGCAGCGCUGGUGCUCUGGAGAUGGUCGCAUUGGAGGGGAUGGCACUGCUUAGCCAAAUGGCCCAACAGGAGAUGGAGCACAUCAGCCAGGAGCAAGAUCUGACAUUAGAGGGCCUGGACUGUCUUCUUGAAGCAAGCAGACAGAUUUUGUUGGAGGCCAUCGAAAAACAGUCCCACAUCGAUCUUCCGAGAACACUCGACCCCGACAAGAAGUACAGCUGGAGGCAGAGGAAGGAGGAGCCGUUGUACAGUAAAAUGUCCGUGGACAUGUUGGACGCAGUUGAAGUGGAGUACCGCGUUCGCCUGGCAGAGCUGCAGAAGACGUACAAGGAGAAGCAGAGAGAUCUGAGCAAGCUGCAGAGACGCCGAGACAAACGUGAGCGGCAGCAGCAGGAGGACGAGAGGCGGAGUCUCACCAGACGUGGCAGAGGGCGACCAAGGAAGAGGAAACACUUGAGUACACCUCCCAAACUGGACAGCAGGCCUGGAAAGGUGGGUAGGUCGGUGCAAUACUCUGAGGACUCUGAAGCUGGGGAUGGACAGAGGAAGAGGUUCAGGGUGUCCAGAGAAGAAGAGGAGGCCGAGGCGGGAAGUGGAGGGGUGAAGGUGAAGAAGAAGAAGAAAAAGAAGAAGAAGAGCUGGAACGACCAGGAGCCGUCCACCAGUCACGCUCUGGAGGUGUUGAAGGCAAAGCGUGGUCACAUGUGCGAGCAGGAGCAGCUGGCGUCAGACCUCGACAGAGCACUUUCGCUCUCGCAGCUCGGCUCGCUCGGCGCUUCUCGCAAACUUGCCUCCGGCUCCAAAUUAGACAAGUCGAAGGGCAAGUCUGCGGAAAGUCGGAUGAAGGAGCGUGGCGUCCACUCGUCUGCCAAAGGAGGGAAGCACAAGAUAGCUGCCAAGGCUUCUGCUUCUUCGGAUACCGUCCGCAAGAUGAAAGGUCAGAAGAAGACUGCUUUGUUCUCUCCCAUGAGAUCAGAGCUCAGCAGCUGCUCCAACAACUCAGAUUCAGAAGAGCACAAUUCUGCUCGAGGGGGCUGGCCCCCUCUCUCAGGGACGCGUUCCCACGGCAACGUGACGAGGAAGAGGCGGUCCGCAUCGUCGCCGACGUCCCUGCUGUCCAGUCAGUCCAAGUCUCAGAAGAAACACAAGCACUUAUCCCUGCUGCUGGAGGAAGCGGGCCUCAGCUCCUCUGACGACUCCUUCGACCAAGAAACCUCAGAGGACGACGACGAAGACAACGAGGAUGAGUCCGAUUCGGACGACGAUGACGGUGGCUGUGAGGAGAGCGGGCUGGGUCUUCUGGCCAGGUUUGCGGCAAGCGCCCUCCCUGUCAGCUCCACCCCGCUGAGCAGCCUUCUCCAUGAUGGCAAACACCGCAGCCGGCAAAGCACUUUGGGGUCUUCAGAGUGCGAGUGGUCCGACUCUGGCUCAGACUUGCGGUUGAGGAAGUUCCCCUCUCUGCUGCAUGGCAAGCGCUCCGCCCCAGAGCUCCCCCUGUUGCCCCCAGCAACCCGCCGCAUCGACCAGACCAGCCCCACCAAGCGAGACGAAGCUCUGCCAAUAAAAUGCAAGCCUUUGCCCAAACCACGCCCCUCGCCCAGGUCGCCGCGGCGAUUCAGCUUCGACCUCCCCACCAGCUCCGGGGUCGGAGGCUUCAGCGAGGAUGAGGGCUGGACCCGACGACGCAGCGAGAGGAUUUUCCUCCACGAUGCCACCACCUCGGCCAGUCAGACGUCUGUGCCAGUCUCUGUUUCCUCCAGUCAGAGCUCGUCCUCCUCCUCCUCCUCCAGCUCAGCUCCACCUCUCACCCCGAAGCCAGCCUCCAGGCCCAAACCUGCUCCGCCCACCAGAGAGGGGAAAGAUGUGGUGAAAAAAAAGAAGUCGAAGGACUCUCCUCUGCCUGUGAGCCCGUCCACUCUGUGCGGUCCAAUCACAGACGGCCCCGUGCCUCUAAGCCUCAGCCCGACACGCAAGAGCCAACCAAAAGCCAAGACCAAGGCCAGAGAGCCUUCCAGGGGAGCUGUAAGCCGGCUGAUGGAGAGCAUGGCGGCAGACGAAGACUUCGAGCCCAAUCAGGACAGCAGCUUCAGCGAAGACGAACUCCUUCCACCGCGCAGCAACAGUGUAUCCGAGAGGUCCUCCACACCUGCCCCAGUGCAGUGCGUGUUGGAUAAGGAUUCCCUGGUGGACGGACUCCGAGUUUUGAUCCCGAUGGACGACCAACUGCUGUACGCAGGACACGUGAACACUGUACACUCCCCAGACAUAUACAGCGUGGUGGUGGAGGGCGAGCGAGGGAACCGACCACACAUCUACUGCUUGGAACAACUGCUGCAGGAGGCUAUCAUCGAUGUGAAGCCUCCUUCUGUGCGCUACCUCCCAGAGGGCACCCGCAUCGCUGCCUACUGGAGCCAGCAGUACCGCUGCCUUUACCCUGGCACAGUUGUCAACGGAAGUUCAGAUAUCGACGAGAACGACGAUCUCAUCACGGUGGAGUUUGACGACGGCGACACAGGCCGAAUCCCGCUAUCCCACAUCCGACUGCUGCCGCCAGACUACAAGAUCCACUGCGCUGAGCCGUCCCCUGCCCUGCUCGUGGCCAGCUGCUCCAGGAGGCGAGUCCGCAAAUGCAGCAAAGAGGGCAAAGAGACGGGAACAAAGCCAGAGGACAGCACUCCCAAGAUCAAAGGAAAACCUGGACGAAAACCCAAACCCAAACCAGAGACCUCCAUGAACCCAGACGGCCGGGAGAAAGCUGAUCCUCCAUCUUCCUCCGCCCAACCCGCAGAGAGACCCCAAGCUCCAGCCAAGCCUUCCCAGGACCGGACCUCCUCUGCCCAGAAGGCGGCUCAGGAGAAGCCCCGGCCUGCAUCCCGGCCGACAAUGGGAACCCAGGCGAAACCGGGCCGCAAGAGCUCCACCACCUCCCCUGCAAGCAGCCCUACCCUUCCCAACCCGGUGCCCAGAAAGACCAGCUCAUCUCAGCCUCCUGCUCCCAAACCCUCCCGCUCUCUGCCUCCUUCUCUAUACCCGUCCACCUACGGUAAGGUCCUGACCGUGGAUCUGUACAGCGAGCCCAACCUCAGCUCGUACAACAACCAGCGCAGAGAAAGAGAGAACACCAGCAGUGUCAGUCCCACCACCAACAGACCCAUGUCCAGGCCCAGUAUGGCAACAUCAUCCACUGCACCCAAGUCAAGUGCUUCCACGUCCACACCCAGGCCCACUUCUGCUUCCACACCCAAAACCAAAUCCUCCUCAGACCAUCACAGCAGCUCCAGAACCAGCCUGAGCUCUGGAAUCAUACAAAGUCCCAUCUCCAGGAUGUCAACAAGCAAACCGAGCUCUUCACUGGCUCCCAGACCUUCAUCGUCUUCGUUGUCGUCGUCAUCAUCAUCAUCUACCCCUAGACCCAAACUGAAGAUGCCGUCUGACCAGCUAUCCUCCAGCUCGAGGCCCAGCCCCAUCUCCAGACCGAAGCCCAGCUCUGGGCAAACUGACGUGGGCUCUGUAGUGAGGCGCAAGCCCCUGUCCGCGGAGCCCCUCGUGAAGCUCGACCAUGAAGGUGUCACCUCCCCCAAAACCAAGAAGACCAAGGCUCUCAUGUUGCUAGAGGGUCGGGGAGUCAGACGGGAUCACACCCCCAUCGCCACGGCUACAGCCAAUCAGAAACCGCUAAAGGCUAAACCGAGAGCUCCAGACAGAGAGAGCGGCCUGCCGGAGAAGGAGUCCAACUACAAAGCACCGAUGCUGGCUAAGGAGAAGUCCGAGAGUCGUGGAAGUGCUGGGAGAGGACAGGAGAUGGAUACGAGAGAGGAGAAAGGUAAAAAGGAGGAGCGAAAGGAGGUGGAGAAAAGAGAGGAGAGGAAGAUGAAGGAGGAAUCUCAGAGUAGCAGCAGCUCUGAGUCUGAGGAGGAAGGACAGAAAGGGAAGAUGAAGAAAAAGAAGAAAUGCACCUCGAGUUGUUCUUCCUCCUCUUCAUCCUGCUCUGGUUCCUCUUCAUCUUCUUCAUCGUCGUCAUCUUCAUCGUCCUCCUCGUCCACUGACGACUCCUCCUGCAGCUCAGAUGAAGAGAGAACCCCUACGCCUCCUCCACCAGGCCCCGUCUCCCCUCCUCCAGUUCAGGACAAAGUGAAAGAAAAAACUAAAGAAGAAGAAGAGGAGGAGGAAGAGGAGGAGGAGGAGGAGGAAGUAGAAGUGAAGAAUGAGGUUGAUGUAAAAGUGGAAGAAGAAGAGCUGUCUCCUCCUUCAGAGUCUCCCUCACCUCCUACCUCUCCAACUCCUGCUGCUUCUGCUCCUGCUAAACCCGCUAAACCAGCCACCGGGAAGGGCUCCGGGCAGAGGGGUCGUCCUCCGAAGCCAAAGCCCAGUGGAGGGGAGGGGAAGGUGGGGAGACCGAAGCGGCGAGAAGGGGUCCACCUGCCCACAACCAAGGAGCUGGCUAAGCGUCAGAGGCUUCCCAGUGUGGAGAACAGGCCCAAAAUCUCAGCUUUCCUUCCAGCCAGGCAGCUCUGGAAGUGGUUUGGGAAACCCACUCAGAGACGAGGAAUGAAAGGCAAAGCCAAGAAGCUCUUCUACAAGGCCAUCGUGCGAGGCAGGGAGAUGAUCCGCAUCGGUGACUGUGCCGUGUUUCUGUCCGCCGGCCGGCCUAACCUGCCCUUCAUCGGACGCAUCCAGAGCAUGUGGGAGUCCUGGGGCAGCAACAUGGUGGUCAGGGUCAACUGGUUCUACCAUCCAGAGGAGACAAAUCCUGGAAAGAAACUCACCGACAAGAAGAAUUGGGAUCAGAUGUGCGGUCAGUCUUUACCAGCAGCUCUGCACUCGUCUAUCCAGAGGAAAGACUUCAUGGAGCGCGCCCUCUACCAGUCGUCUCACAGCGACGAGAAUGAUGUGCAGACGGUCAGCCACAAGUGCCUGGUGGUAAGUGUGGAGGAGUACGAGCAGAUGACCCACACGCGCCGCUACGCCGACAGUGAAGACCUCUACUACCUGGCCGGCACCUACGAACCCACCACCGGCAUGAUCUUCAACACGGACGGAGUCCCGGUCAUCUGCUGAACAAACAGAAACUCGCCACGAGUUGCUGAAACCAAAUCAUGGACCUCACCGAGGAGAAGUCGAACUCAACUGAAGUCUAAUCACUGAUCUUCAGUCGUGAUGGAUCUUUCACAGUGUGCGACUCGACCGCGCCGACACAACGAUACACUUCAAACCAGACUGUCAUGAACAGCGACUACGACAGAGACACUAUGGACAGUAUUAAAAGGAACAAGUCUCUUGACACUUUUGCACACACAGACUCCAUCGACACAAACUGUUCUGCUUUGUCGUGUUCAUAGGAAAACUUCAGAGCACACACAAGCACUUCAGUGUCCUUUUACAUGUAAAUAUACCCGUCAUAAACACACUUUACACUCACACAUGCACAGACACGUGUAAAUACUCACCUCCAUGUAAUACACACAGUUAUAUAGAGGAAAAUAUGUGUUUUAUUUUCAUGUAAUAGAUUUAUGUCAGAGUACUUUUUUCUAAAGAGGUAAACAGCCGAGAAGCUUUAACGAACUGUGAAUGAUGAUACAGGAGAGAGAGGCCCGACACACACACAUACACACACACACACGCCGGUGAUGUGACGUUGUGAUUAUGAUGUUGCCGUGGUGAUGUUACAGUCAUGUUACAGUCAUAUAAAUGUAUCUACAGAACAGCAGGAGCGACAGACAAAGAGAAGAAAGAGACGCACAGAAAGAGAGAGGUUCAACAGAAAGCACUUAAAGAAAAAAAAAACACUCAACGCUCCUUUUGAUUUAAACCUUCUGUUCCCCCCCUUGACAAUCCUAACUCGGGCAGGCGAAACUGUCUGUGUGAUACUAAAACUUCUGACUCCCUCAGAGACUCAGGCUUAAAGAGAGAGGAAGGAAUCUUGUACUAUUAAAAGCACUUCCCAUUUUCAUCUUUGAGUUCCUUAAAAAGAAAAGAAAAAAAAUCCACCCUGAAAAACACUAUGAAACAAAAACUGCAGUUCCUCAAACGUCCACUCGAGGCUGGCCUCCAGAAGUGAGUCAGUCUCCGUAAGUCCCCAUGUGAAAAAGUCCCAACUUCACAGCAGAAAUAAACAUGUUUACAGCCUGGUACAAAAGACAGUCACCUGUUCAAAUUACAUUAAGGCUUCUGCAGAAUUAAGAACGUGGACGUGACAAGUUGGUGCCGUUACAGUUGCCUUGUUUGAGCACCCUCAGGUCCACCGAGCUUCAAAACAGCUCUUCAGAAACCUACAAGUGAUGUCACAGAUACUACGUCCACUGUUUUAUACAGUCUGUGGUAUUUACAUUGAAUCUAAAGCUGCAUCCAGUUAGCUUAGCUUUGCAUGAAGAUUAACACGAUAUAUCUCGAUAUUAUGAUAUAUAUAGUGUUAAUUAGUGAGCUUUAGAGUUGCUAAUUUGUGGAUUUCAUUACCUGAAGACAAAGUCAAGGUAGCUGUUCCCUCCCCAAUGCCAGCUGUAGUCUUAUAUUUAUAACCAGCACCCAGGCUUACUUCAUCCUGAUGCUCCAUGCAGCCAGCACAGCAGAUUUUGAGCUUCACACCGACUCUUCAGAAACAUGUCACGGACACGCCGUCCAUUCAUUAUACUGUCAUUGACUUUGUCCAGUUUGGGGGAUGUAGGACGCCCGACACAUGAUCACAAAGUGACUCCGCGAAUGCACUGAACAAGCUGAUGUAUUAACAGUGUAAGGAGUCCCAGAGGGUGGAUUUUUUUUUUUUUUAAAGGUGUUUUCAGGGUUGUAAACGUUGCAGUCAGCCCAAGAGAUGCAUCAAGGUCAUGGCGCUGAUAUUCAUACGUACACAGCUGCCAGCACUGAUUAGAUCAUGAACAUAAUUCAAUUUUAACAGUCAUCUUCCACGGUUUGGCUGCAGCGUUUUUCAACCUCUAAAUGUCCUGUGUUUGGUUUUCUUUUUCUUUUUGCUUCUGCUGUUUUAUGGAUGUUUAUCUUGAACCCCACAAGUCUGAACACAUUUCGCCCCCUUUCCAAGCAAUCAUAUUUGACAUGAGUGCACUUUGAAUGAGCUCCGCCGCAAAGGAGACUCUGUGACUGGGAGUCUUGUACGUCUUCCUAGAGUAUUUACUAACCCCCCACU